UGUACACACAUACAUAUGCUCAUCAUCUUUCUUUUACUAAAAAAAAAUUAUUUUCCAGCCAGCUACAAAACUGAGAUCGAGAUAACCCCUGCGCCGCCAGAAGAGCAGACAACAAAAAAGUCCGGUUGGUUUAGUCGCCUGUUUGGCAGUGGCGGCGAUAAGACAUCGACCACCACCACACCUCUGCCGCCCAGAAAUGUGCCACCACCUACACAAACGAUCAGCGCACAACCACAACCGCAGCCAAAUACACCGCGCGUACAACCAAACGCCGCUGGCGCACAACGACCGCCACCGUUGGCAAUUAACCCACAAGCGCCGCUGAUGCCACUCGGCCCACGUCCUGACACACCGCCAUCAUCACCAUUGGCAGGCAAUGCACAGCAGCCACCUCGGUGGCCACAACCCACACAACAAUCUGGAGCGCAAGUGCCCACCACACCUGUAGCCGUACGGCCACAAGCCGGUGGUGCACAGCAACAGACACAAACACAACAGCAACGCCCACAGGUUGGACCUACUGCGUCCCACUUUGGCAACGUCAACGCAUUUGGCGCUGGUAGUAAUACGAAUACUUUUGGCCGCCCAGGUGCGGCGCAACCAAAUUUACCACCCGGUUUUGCACCUUAUCAGCCACCAAAGGCGCAACCGUCUGGGCUGGAUCUAAGUUAUGGUGGUGGCGCGCGUCCGCAGGGUGGUAAUGCUGGUCGCCCGGGCUUCGGUUUGGCACCUUUGACCAGCACGACUACUACAACUAGCACCAGCACUACGACGACGCCCAAGCCAGGUACACCUGGUAGUUCAUUGGGUCUGGAUGUGCGUAAUGGUUUCAGCGGCAGCGGUGCAUCAUCGACAACACACAGACCUGCUACGCCGAAAGACGACUUUCCACCUCUGCCACCGCCACGUCGCCCAUCAGGUGGGGCUAAAGAAGACUUCCCUCCAUUGCCUACACCACGUACACCAGGUAGCCCCACGCCAGCUUCGCCCCUUCGUCCAAGUUCACCAGGUGGCGCUGCACAGCCAGCACCGCCUUUCGCUUGGGGCUCGCCAACACCAGCAGCACCAUCACGACCAGGUAGCAGCAGCAUUUCACCCGGCGCUCCAACACCGACAAGUCCGACGAAACCAAGCGCACCUGCCGGAGGUCCAACUGGUGUUUCGUUUGUUCCACACGUACCUGGUCCAUCAACCACUGCAAGACCCGGUUCAGCCAAUGGUAAUGCGGCUACUGGAAGUUCACUCGCAAGCGAUGAUGAAAUACGCGCACUCACUGAGCAGCUUUAUGCCAAAGAGCAGAGUCUGUUGAACUACGUGAACGUAAAUCCACAGGGCAAGACGAGGUCUAUUGAUAGCACAGACGAGGCGCCGAAACCCCUCUUUGAGGUCGAACCGCGCGCCUUUGAAACCCCUACAGUCGCCAAGAUGCGCGCACUUUUCGAUAACUACGAGGAGGAUACUCUAGCCAAUGAGCACGUGACAGUCAACGAACGGCGUGAAGAGAACGAAUUUGUCGAUGCAGUAAUGGGUACACAGGUUAUGCGACAGGCUAUGCUUUUCCUGCAGAACAAAGGCAUUGUCACACCUGAUCCGAAGACGCAUCGCGAUCUCGUGAAAGAACUCUGGUUCACACAAUAUUCACGCGGCCAAGGACGUAUCGGCAGUUCCGGCUUUGAGCAUGUUUUCGUGCACGAGGUAAAGAAUGGCACGCUAAUUGGUCUACAUAAUUGGGUGUACUUUGCGGACGAAGAGAAGGCCGGUCGAUUGGACUACAAAGGCUAUCUGAAUCAAGUCGAUUUGGGAAAUAAAGGCAAAGUUUUGAAAGUACGCUUCACCCACAAUGGCGUCACUAAGCCAGUGAAUGGCGUCUUUGCUGGCACUUCGCCGGAAUUAGAAUUGGCUUUGUAUACCGUUUGCUUCCAGCUGCGUCCUGAUCGUUCUUGUCCAGUUUCCUUGGGCAAUCAACGUCUUGGUAUUGUCACCUACACUUGGCGUUAUCGUGGCAAGCAUCUGAUAGGCAGCGCUUUCCCUGAAAUAUAAAUGGAGGAGCGAAAAGAAAAUGAGAUUUAUUUCAAUUUCCUUUUGUUAGGAAUCGAGAGAGAUUUUAGUUUAAUUAAGUAGAAGAAGUAAACCAAAUAAAUUUGAUUUUUUCUUAAAAUUAAAU